AUGCAGUCCAGUCCUGGCUGGCAGUUGGUUCGGGACAGUCCAAAGGGUGGAACGCCCAUCACUUACAGCUCUGUCAACUCCUGUUUGGUCUUUGCAUCAGCAUCUCGCAGCACAAUUCGUGGCAGACGCUGCAGGUGCAAGCGUACAGCAUCGUCCAGCCCUGUCUCAGGCUCAGGAGCCACGAGGCUUCUCGUAGACGCAGAUAUACACAGCGUUGAGGAAAUAGAGGAUGUCAUCAAUCAGCUAGAGAAGACUUGCAAAGAUGUCUACACAACCGUUUUUGCGGAGCCUCGUCGCACCGACCACAAGAAGUGGAACAAUUUCUUCCAACGUCGCAGGGUCACAUUCCACCCUGUUGAACGGAAUUCAAGUCGAGUUGGGGAAGCUAACGAUGCUGUGGUAGACAGAGCGAUCCGGACCUGUGACGACCAAAGCUUGGCGCUCCUGACGUCCGACUACGAUUAUGUAGAGGCUGUCCAGGACGCGAUGAAUGCUGGCAAGAGAGUCUUGGUUUUUGUUCCAUCAAAGCAGAUGUCACUUAUCAUUCGCUAUCAGCGUGCCCGGGUGGAGGUCCAGCAGCUGCAGCCCCACGUAUCCGUGCUCCCGAGGGUACGUGCAUUUUUGCAUCAAGAUGGAAGUGGGCAUGUGCAAUUGGAUGACCCAUACGAUCCACACAGCCUGAAAAAUGAAGAUAGUGUGGAUGCUUGCCAAUCUUUUUUAGGUGACCUUGGCUUUCUGGCCACAGGGGAGAGGGAAUUUCUGGUUCACUCUACGGCAAAGUUUUGGCUCACGAAUGAGUUGGGCUCGAUAGCGGUAUUUCCUGCGACAAUUGGCAUGAACCAACUCUUGGAGCAGAUGCGGCACAGUGGUAGUUUGAAAUGGAGGAGGUAUGGCAGUGAUAUGGCGUUCUUCUUGCCUAAAACUGCACGGAUGAAGCUGACUAAGAAGCAGAUGGGGACGUUUGGCACCGGCAUUUCAAAGGAAGUGUUCUUGGGUGGUGGCCCGUUCAUGCUCAACGACUCCUCGAAUUUGGUACGCCAAGCUUUGCGAAGGCUCGGGUACCUGGACGAUGACAUGAACGCAGACCUGCAGGAGGCCAUGCUUGUGUUCGUGAAUGCCCCGAAAAACAAAUGCAAUCUGCGCAAGCGGCUGGAUGCCAUUCCCUCUGCAACAGACACAGCUGCGGAGGUGGAAAACAAGCUCCGAUAUGCGUUUCUCUCGCACUUGACAGAUGGACAGUGGCAUGUGGCCCCCAAAGAUGUCCAGAUUCGGGCGUGCCUUUGCAAGCUCGGUUUUUUGGCCGACAUGAAUUCAGCCCGUGGAGAUGUUUUUCGCGCAAUGGCCAAGUAUGCUAGGCGACACCAGCUUCCGGAAAUGAAAACCUACAACGGAUAUUUAUUCCGUCUCAAUUACUAUAUGGACUCCAGCCCGAAAAAGACUGGAGCCAUCGAGCUCAGACAGAUUUGCGGUUAA